AUGAGUCAAGCCGGAAUGCAUUCACGGUCCUGCUGCCGUGUCGCGUCGACACCCCUCUGCACGCCAGAGUGGAGCGUUCCGCCUCGCUGUGGGCUCUGUUGUUGUGCAGAGCUGCAGAAGGCCGACAGAGCAGCCGGACUGAGACACGCUGGAGCUCCUCUUUUGAUUCCGUCCAGCAUUUCAAACCGCAACCCCAGUGAGGACGCAGACACAAGGAAGACAGGCGCCAUCAUCAGUGUGAGAGUGCGAGCCAGAGAGGCAGAGGGAAGGCCUGAGAACCAGCAGAAAGCCUCGGUGAGUGCACCUCCUCCCCCGCCGCCCCCUCCACCUCCCCCGGAGCCGGCAGGGCCCCCAGAGCCAGAGGAGGAGAUCCUGGGCUCUGAUGAUGAGGAGCAGGAGGACCCCGCAGAUUACUGCAAAGGUGGGUAUCAUCCGGUGAAGAUCGGCGACCUGUUCAACGGGAGGUACCAUGUGAUCAGGAAGUUGGGGUGGGGCCACUUCUCCACCGUAUGGCUGUGCUUCGACAUCCAGGUGAAGAACUUUGUGGCCAUGAAGGUGGUGAAGAGCGCUCAGCACUACACAGAGACGGCGCUGGACGAGAUCAAGCUGCUGCGAUGUGUCAGAGAGAGCGACCCUGUUGACCCCAACAAGGACAUGGUUGUGCAGCUGAUCGAUGACUUCAAGAUCUCAGGGGUCAACGGCAUUCAUGUGUGUAUGGUGUUUGAGGUUCUGGGUCAUCACCUGCUCAAGUGGAUCAUCAAGUCCAACUACCAGGGCCUGCCACUGCCGUGUGUGAAGAGCAUCAUCAAACAGGUCCUGCAGGGCCUGGACUACCUUCACACCAAGUGUAAGAUCAUCCACACGGACAUCAAACCCGAGAACAUCCUGAUGUGCGUGGAUGACGUCUUUGUGCGUCGCAUGGCCAUGGAGGCCACCGAGUGGCAGAAGGCCGGAGCGCCCCCUCCCUCCGGGUCAGCAGUUAGCACAGCCCCACAGCUCAAACCGGUGAGUACGUCAGAUGUGGGAAAGAUCUCCAAGAACAAGAAGAAGAAGCUGAAGAAGAAGCAGAAGCGGCAGGCGGAGCUGCUGGAGCGCCGCAUGCUGGAGAUCGAAGCUCUGGAGAGAGAAGCCGAGAAGAUGGAGAAGGUGAAAGAAGGAGAGGACGAGGAGAAGGACGGAGAGGAAGAGAAGCCGCGUUCGCCGACCAGGAAGCCGCCGCCGCCGGGGCCUGGCAUCGCUCAGGCGGAGAGCGAUGAUGAUGAAGAUGAGGAUGAGGAGGAGGAGGACGAUGAGGAGGAGGACGGGGCUGAGAGGGAGAGGCCAGUCAGGUUGACCAACCACACUGGAGCCGUGCAUGCUGAGGAGCCAAGAGGAACGCCACCUGCCACAGAGGAGGAGGCUGAAGAUGAGGAGGAGGAAGAAGAGAAGGAGGAGGAGGAGGAGGAGGACCUCACUCCUGUUGCUGACAACGGUGGCAUAAUACCCCCAUCCACGCCACAAGGUAACGGAGACUUGACUCAAGCAGAGGAAGAAGAGGAGGUGGCUGAAGAGGAGGAGAAAGUGGAAGAGACUGAGCAGGACAAUGAAGAGGAAGAGGAGAAGGAGGAGAUGAAGAAGGACAAAGAGAUCCAGGAGAAUGAAGCUGAGGAAGCGAACAAUGAAAACUGUGAGAAGAAGGAUGAGGAGAAGGGCGAGGAGACAGCCGUGGAGGAGGAGGAGGAGGAGGAGGAGUCAAAGGGACAGGAGGGUGAAGAAGAGGAGGAGGACGAGGUGACGACGACCGCAGAUCUCCUCACCGACUCCACCUCUCCGAUCACUGCCCAGAACAAAACCAACCUGGCCAAAACGAAUGGUCACGUGAUGUUGGGCCCCAGCCCCAGCAUCGCCCCUCCCCCCUCGCCCACACCCGAGACUCUGCUCUGCCCCCUGGUGGAGUCGGAGCUCAGCUACACGGACCGGGACAUCUCGCUGAGCUCUGGCUACGAGAUGUACAACGGCGAGGUGAGCGAGCCGGCGCUCACCAACGGCUCGGGCGAGCGACACCACAACACCGCUCCCAUCUUUCCGGAUUUGCCCCUCGACCCCGAGCCGGCGGACGCAGAGACGAGCGGCGUGGAGGCGCUACCGCUGCCCAGCAGCCCCACGGCCGACCGCAGCCGCACUGUGUCAUCAUCCAGCACGGGCGACACGCCGAAAGUGCGGGCCCGAGCUGCUGACCUGCUCGUCAACCCGCUAGACCCGAGUAACGCCGGGUCCAUUCGAGUGAAGAUCGCGGAUCUGGGAAACGCCUGCUGGGUGCACAAACACUUCACUGAAGACAUCCAGACCCGACAGUAUCGUUCUAUUGAGGUUCUGAUCGGUGCUGGUUACAGCACGCCUGCAGACAUCUGGAGCACCGCCUGCAUGGCGUUCGAACUGGCGACCGGCGAUUAUCUGUUCGAGCCCCAUUCUGGCGAAGACUACUCCAGAGACGAAGACCACAUAGCCCACAUCAUAGAGCUCCUGGGUUGUAUUCCAAGACACUUUGCGCUCUCUGGCAAAUACUCGCGGGAGUUCUUCAACAGAAGAGGUGAGCUGAGGCACAUCACCAAGCUGAAGCCGUGGUCCCUGUUCGAUGUGCUGGUGGAGAAGUACGGCUGGUCGCACGAGGACGCCGGGCAGUUCACGCACUUCCUGCUGCCCAUGCUGGAGAUGGUGCCUGAGAAGAGAGCGUCGGCCGGGGAAUGCCUCAACCAUCCCUGGCUCAACUCGUAGCCCCCGACCCCGGACGCCCUCCCGCUCCUGCCCUCCUCUUCCCCUCACCCCCCUUACCUCCCAAGUGGUGACCUGUGAAGCGUAGAGGUCAGCAGUGUGAUGUCAUCAUCGUGUGUCACCGCAGUGCGACGGCCAUGCUGUGAUGUCAUCAGCCAGCGGACUGACCGCAUCAUUGACAUAGGUUGAUCGACAGUUUCGACGCCUGCGUCACCAAGUGGAUCGACAUCCAGAAGUCGAUUAAAAAUGUAGCAUGUGAUGACAUCAUCAAGGCGCUGCAGUGACGGUCCAGUAAAGGAUUCGAUGGAGGUUCAAAGAUGGCGUCACGUGACCAAGUGUCCCAAACAUCAAGUUCCAGUUUUUUCCGUCGCAGCUCUCCUAUCUCAGUGGUCCACAGCCUGAAGACCUCUUCAUCUUUGACACACACACACACACCUACCAACAUGUUUCAUCCCAUUCCUGAUGUUUUCUACUGGGAAUGUAGAGAUUUAAUCGCCUGUCUCCCGAAACGUCCAGUCAAUAGCAGCCGCUGCCGGCUUCCUGCGCUGCAGCCUCAAGUUUAAAGAACCAUCCUUGGUGCCUGCGACGCCCCUCCACCUUCUUCCUCUCAAGUUUACACCCCAAUGUUCCCCAAGAGCCCUUUUGUCCGUAGCUCUCUGCCGCCGGGAGCCGGAGGACAGCCAGUCCUCCAGAGGGCGCCAUGACAGGAAGCGUAGAGCCUGGACAAACGAAGCUAGCGAUGAGGAGGCAGGACUUAUGGUGCAUGGAGGGACUCGUGGAUCAGACUGGACUUCGGGCGAGUCUUUUAUUUAUGAACUUCAAUAUUUCGGGCAGAUUUCCUUUCCAUCUUUCAAGGAUGGUGACUAUGCCCCGCCCCCUUUUACCCCGCUCUUCCUGAAUAUGUGGAGUAUUGAUCCCACCCAGCCACCGCCGUCUCCUGUGCUCCUCUGAAGUGGAUCAGAACCGGCAGGAGCGACGACGGACUCAGCACUUUGUUUCGUGUUCUUCAGGAAACCUUUGUACAUACAAGCGGCGGCGCCCAACGCAGACACUUUAUAUCCCAUUCCACAGCCCUGAGGAGGAAUGUUUAAGACUGGACUGUGCCACCUGCUGGCCCUAUGAGCAUACUGCAUCACGUCAGAAAAAUCUAUAGACACGCACUCGCAUCGUCAGUUAGUCGCCUAUUUUUCGCAAUAAAAGAUUCUAAAUUAAAUGUUAAAAUAUUUUUAAAUAUUUGAUUUCCGGUGACAGAAUCUUCAGACCCUGACGUGAUCGUGCCGUCUGAUGUUUCCUUGUUAGGAUUAUGACUAUAAUGGGAUUUUUUUUUUUUUAAACGCCGUGGCCCCACCUCCAACCCCCUCCACCUCAACAACUUCAGUGGGAAAAAAACAACAAAAAAACAGAAAACGUUUUGCAAUAAAAAGUGUGACGCGUGGUCUCUCAGCGGGGCCUCCUGGUGGCGCUCUUUCAGCCAUGUGACUGUUCUUCCUGAUGACUCAUCUGUUUCUAUUCUCGUUUAAUAAAAGUGUCAAUUAAUGGACUGGUUGGUGUGCGUGAGUGCAACUGUGAGUGACUUGAGUUUCGUAUGUUUCACUGUUGUGAGAUGGUGAGUUUGUGAUUUUGCUGGUGAUGUGGGAAGUUGUGUGUGCUGUCGUGUAUCCACUUUUUUGUGAGAUUCUGACCCUCAUCCAUCAGUUUGUGUACCGUUUUAGUUGGAUAUAACAAUGACUGUUGGAUUAUUUUGGCUGUGUUUGUCUGUCUCAAUUUGAGGAUUAAAUCUUUGCUUUUUGUAUCUGAGGUUCAGGUUAAGGUCGGCCAUGUGUUUUGGAUAGUCACAUAUAAGGUGAGAGGCUAGGGGAAGGGUUAUGUCAAUGAGAGGUCCCCACAAAGAUAGCAUCACAAGUGUGUGUUGUAUGAUGAUAUGAUUAUAAGUGUCACAACAUUUUAAAAUGAUCGUUUCACUUAUUCUUUAUUAGUAUUUUCACAUACAAGUUAAUGCACGUUCACCUUGAUUCAUCUUCCUCCUCAUCUGUGUGUGCGUGUGUGUCUGAGGUGUUUAGUUCACUUGCUGUGCUAAAGACAGGGGUCCGAUGGAUGUGAUGUGCUGAUGUCACAUGAGGUAACUGGUUGGGACAAUGUAAACAAAAGUCAGGAGAGGACGGUGGCGCCGGGUGGUUGGAGUCAGAGCAGCGAGGCACAGUUCCUCAGCAGCAUGGGCUUGGCCAGCUGCAGGAUGUCCAGGUUGGGGUCCAGGGAGCGACCAAGACCCUCCAGGACCAUGAUGGCAAACACGAUGGAGGCAAAGUUGCUCUCCAGCUUCACCUGCGAGGACCGAGAGUCAGCCACGCGCUGAGGUGCGUGUGAGACGUGCUGACGCUCACCUUGUGUUUGAUGAGGAGACCGA